AAGUUUCGCCGUAGGGUUUUAGAGAUUUUGAGCUAGGGUUCUUCGUCGUUGUUGUCUCGGUCGCUCCUCGCCUGCCAAGGAUGUUCCGCGCAGUCGCUUCGAGCCUGAGGAGGCAUGGCCGACUUCAGGAGGUGAGCAAGGCGCAAUGGGUGAGGAGAUACUCCGCCAAGGAAAUCAAGUUUGGAGUGGAGGCUAGGGCUCUUAUGCUCCAGGGCGUGGAGCAGCUCGCUGAUGCCGUCAAAGUAACCAUGGGUCCCAAGGGGCGAAACGUUGUGAUCGAUCAAGGCUUUGGUUCUCCCAAGGUUACCAAGGAUGGUGUGACUGUUGCCAAGAGCAUCGACUUCAAGGACAAGCUGAAGAACGUUGGUGCUAGCCUCGUGAAACAAGUCGCCAACGCUACCAACGAUGUGGCAGGAGAUGGAACUACUUGCGCAACUGUGCUUGCUCGCGCAAUUUUUGCAGAGGGUUGUAAGUCUGUGGCGGCUGGAAUGAAUGCCAUGGACUUGCGCCGUGGUAUCAGCUCAGCUGUGGAAUCCGUGGUGGAAAAUCUGAAGAGCAAGGCGAAGAUGAUCAGCACAUCAGAGGAGAUUGCUCAGGUCGGUACCAUUUCGGCAAAUGGUGACAGGGAAAUCGGUGACCUGAUUGCUAGAGCCAUGGAGAAGGUCGGCAAAGAUGGUGUCAUCACAGUAUCGGAUGGCAAGACCUUGCACAACGAGCUAGAGGUUGUGGAGGGUAUGAAAUUGGACAGGGGAUACAUUUCCCCCUAUUUCAUUAACAACGCUAAGACACAGAAAUGCGAACUUGAAAAUCCAGUUAUUCUGAUUCACGACAAGAAGAUCUCUACUGUCAGUGCCAUCAUGCCUGUUUUGGAGCUUGUCGUGAAGGAACAAAGACCACUUCUCAUUGUGGCAGAGGACGUUGACGGCGAGGCUCUGGCAACUCUGAUUGUCAACAAACUCCGAGGUGGUUUUAAGUGCUGCGCCAUCAAAGCCCCUGGAUUUGGAGACAACAGAAAAUCGUGUCUGCAGGAUCUUGCCGUGCUCACGGGCGGUCAGCUUGUCAGCGAAGAUGUAGGUAUCAAGCUUGAGAAGGUCGAUCGUUCCAUGCUUGGUUCAGCAAAGAAGGUUACAAUCUCGAAAGACGACAGCAUUGUCCUGGAUGGCCUUGGCGAUAAGAAGGAAAUCGAGGAAAGAUGCGAACAGAUCAGAGAAGCUGUGAAGUCUAGCACAUCAGACUAUGACAAGGAAAAGCUCCAAGAAAGGCUGGCCAAGCUCUCUGGAGGUGUAGCCGUCUUGAAGAUUGGAGGAGGUAGUGAAGCGGAAGUCAGUGAAAAGAAGGAUCGGGUGACGGAUGCGCUGAAUGCUACAAAGGCUGCAGUGGAGGAGGGAAUCGUGCCAGGUGGUGGAGUCGCUCUUCUCUACGCGUCUCGCGAUCUUGACAAGCUGGAGACGCCCAACUUCGACCAGAAAGUGGGAGUCCAAAUCAUCCAGAGCGCGCUAAAGAUGCCCACGUAUACAAUUGCUGCCAAUGCCGGAGUGGAGGGAGCGGUCGUUGUAGGCAAGCUAUGGGAACAGAAUGACUACAACUUGGGUUACGACGCGGCGAAAGGUGAAUACGUAGACAUGGUAAAGGCCGGGAUUAUUGACCCCGUGAAGGUGUUGAGAACUGCUCUGGGUGACGCCGCCAGUGUUUCUUCGUUGCUGACAACAACAGAGGCUGUGGUGUAUGAUCUUCCAAAGGAGGAGAAGGCCGCGGCUGGAGGAGGCAUGGGUGGGCAUGAUUUGGAUUACUAGGAGACCACUUCUUUCCGUUAGAAAAGAGGGAAUAACCAACACAGAUUUUAAGAGACCAAGGACGAAAGAGAGGAGAGUUUUAGGAGACAACGUUUGCAAUUUUGAUUAUAGUUUAAUAACCCGCCUUUAUCCCGUGUU